GAGAGUUUAUUGUAAUAUCUAGUAGGUGAAACAAAUUUUGAUUCAUUUACGUUCCAUUUGAUUAGUAAUAUUUAUGAAGAUAUAAAAUUACAACAGUUUGCAAUCUGUUAAUGACAAUAUCCUUUACUUCGAUACAAUUUUUUCCUAAAAAGUUGUCUGAGAUAGCGAAAUUCUAAAUUGAUUUCUUUUCGAAUUUUUGGACUAUAUAAAAUAUAAAAUACACAGCGAUCUCAAACUUUCGCUGGUCGUGUAUCCUUUCAAUUUUGCAUUGAAGCAAUGCUCUUCUUUUAUAGAUGCUUUUAUAUUUUAAGACAUUACUUAGACAGUUGCGUUCUAAAGACCAUCACAAUUACGAAUGUGCAAACAAAUUCGUACAAACUUGAGAAGAAAAUUACUGCUUGAACGUUCAGGUUAAUUUGGAAACACUGGAAUUUGUGCAAGAAUCAGGAAAAUGACGGAUAUCGGCAUAUUAUAUAAUAAAAGUUGAAAGAAAUAGGAUACGAGUCUAGGUUCGUAAAUGUUUUAUCAAUAAGUUACAUAUAACAAAAAUAUAUACAUAAUACAUAAAUGAAGUUAUUAGAUAAUAUUAUCUUAUCUAUAAAACAGUCGUACAUGUCUAAUAGAGAUAAUAUACGACGAUUUCUACAAUGAGAUUUUAAAAUCAACAAACCUACCAAAUAAUAAUACAUUUUUAAUAUCUUCCUGUUUUAUAAUUACUGAAAAUAUCCAGGAACUUUUAAUAAGAUUAUUUCUCGAUUCUUUUAUUCAGGUAUAGACACAACUCCAUAGAGUUAUCAUUUUCGGUGUAUCAUUUUAAUUGUAACUUAUAUUCUAUAGAUGUAUAAGUCGAGAGUUUUAUAAUUAAAUUAUCAUUAGAAUAUCAGUGAAUUAUAAAUUUCAAAUACUUCAGAAUAUUCGCGUACACUUUCCGCUUCUCUUUGUUGAAAGCGGUAUAUGAUCUAGAAAAAUGGUGGAAUGGCGUAGAUGUUUCUACGAAAGAGUGGUUCUCGAGCAACCACGUGAAUAUUGAAAGACCCAAGAAGGUUGUGGCGGACUGCGGAGGCGGAUCAUGGAAAAAAGACGCGAGGAACAGAGAAGAGGUAACCAAGAGUCGCGACAGUGUCGUAGCAUGUGGUGAAAGACUCGAUAGAAAUCAGCUAAGAUCAAAUAUUCCUCCCUGGAAUACUAUUUAAAUUGUAUCAGGCACUCUUUUUAUUAUUUCAAUGGUUAUUUGCGAAUUUCAAUAUUGGAAUCAAUCGAUCUUCUGUGAAGUCUGAACUAUCUUUCAAAAUAUACUACAACAGUUCUAUCUGAAUUAGUAUCUAAGAAUUUCUAAUCUCUUUAAACUGUGAUGAAUUAAUUAAUUCUUGCCAUUCAUACAAAAUAUAAUAUAAAAGGCCACAUAUUGGAAUAAAGAAAAACCACGAACAAUGAAAACCUCAAAUACUGUGAAUAUUUAUGUAUUUAUGGCAAAUAUAAAUGUACAAAAAUAUACAAAACGUUCAAAAUAAAGUACUCAUGUUACAAUCUUUAGAAGGCGAAACAAAUUUCUAUUUAUAUCCCCUUUCCUUAAUCGUGUCUAUAAAACUAUAAAUCCUCAUAAAUCGGUAAUCUAAUCAUCAUAAUCUAGCACAAUAAUCAUCGUAAUUUAAGCACUGUAAUCAUAAUAACCAUCAUAAUUCGCCUAAAUCCGCAGGCUAAUCAUCACACAUCUAAAAAAUCUAUAUUUCAUUCAUUAGUCAAAAUCCCAUAAACAAUUAUUCGUAUCUCUGUUCAAAAUUACAAAACCAUUCAAGAGAGCUCGACAACAAGCUGAUAAAGUGCGAAUCGAGCACGGAAAGGCCACCGGAAGUGUUACGCCACUGGCAGAAGAGCGGCCGGCUUCAAGGAGACUCAUUAAAACCGUGCACCACCGGCAGAUUUUUCCCCGAGAAAAUGAGAGACAGAAAGAGGAAGGGAGCAAGAGAAAACAGGCAAGGUGAAGGGUGCAGUCGGUGGACCACGAAAGAUCGCCGGCAAAGGAGCCAACCCGGAACGAAAAGAGAAACCUCGAUGAAACGAAGAGAGAAAGAUAGAAGUUGUCGCGAAUAAACCGGCUUCGGUAAUCCUAGAUUAAGAUCAGUGACGUUCGCGACACUUUCCAUCGACUUAACCACACUUCGACUAGUUUUCUCGACUGGUUGACGAUGGUUCACGAUUCUUUGGGAUCGAUGUGCUUCGCGAACGAUCGUCCAGCUUCGAUUAUGAUGAGCGUAGCUGCUCGUUAGCAGCUCGUUAGCUUCGCUUCCCACCGGAAAAUCCUUAAUUACUGCGAUCGAAAGCGACUAACGCUGAUUCUUCUCAUCUUUGGAUACCGCGACCCCGUUUUAAUGGCAAGAUUCCGGUUUGAAGUGCCUCUUUGGGAACAAUUGGUAGUAUAUUAAGGGAAUGUAUGUUCUGAAGAUAUCUAAUUGUAAGAAUUAGUUGAGAUUGAGGUGUCAAAUUGACAUGUGACGUAUGCAAAUGUUGCUUUUUACGCGAUGUAUAAUAAAGAGUUUUAGGAUGACAGAAAUGACUAUCUUUUAUUUUAUUUUAAUAGGUACUUAUUAAUUGACGUAUUGUUUAUUUGAAAGCUAUGAAUUUUUAGCCGCUGGAUAAAAUUUUUAUUUGUUUUGAUGCCUGGCGCGGAAAGUAUUUGUUACGUGACAUUUAACUAUGCAAGAUUUCUGGUAGUAUUAAAAUUCAACGCAGAAACGUCAAUAAAAAUAAAAAUACCUUGAAAUCAUACACACUCGAACACAAUAGAAGUAUUCAUAUAUAGCGUGCUCGAGUCUAAAUGCGAAUUAGUCGUAAAGUACCUGCUAUAAGGAAAAAAUAUCCAAAUAGGAACAGAAUGGUUUCAUCAAUGAAUUAGUUUAAAUUGGAAGAAUUGUUCAUUACAUGCGUAUACUUGACAAACCUAUUAAAUAAUUCAUUCACACAUUCCAAAACGCUCAUAAUAAUAAAUAAAAUUAAAAAUUCCAAUACGAAAAUCUCUUAUACCAAUAUAAAAUGUUACAUUAACAAACAAAUACCUUGUAAUAACACACACUCGAUCAUAAUAACAGCAUUCACACAAUCUUCAAUUCACCAAAUUUUCUGCGAUACACAAAAUUCUUCAAAAUCACUAACCAUCUCGUUAUACAAAUUUCACCGAACAUAUCGACUAACAGUAUGCAUGCAAUUCGUGCUCGCGAUUUUGUCACAUUGAAUAUGAUUCACGGAUGUAACCUAACCUAUAAUUCGGAAGAGAAACGCAGGCUAUUGAGCUAACGGGGGAAUUUAUGCGAGUUUCCCUAAGCAGAGUGCGACGAGGCCGGAGAGCAGCGGCGAUCCACGACCGAAAUAACCGAGAUUUAUUUCGCGAGGGUCCGCUAAAUCCUGUUAAGCGGCGAAAGUGUAAACGCGCCUACGACUUAACAGCGUUUCGCGCGUUACCGUUCACGGUUUGCGAGACCUCGCUCGCCGCGCUGCGAGUCUCAUCGAUUAUCGAGACUAACGAGUCCAAUUAAAGUGCCCUCGUGAUGCUACCAACUGAUCUAUUGCGUAUCCUGGCUUCGUCCGUUUUAUUAGAGGUGAAAUAAAUAUAUACAAGGUGUCAGUGAGCUGCUGAUAUUAUGUAGAAGAGGAUUGUUUUUCGUUUUUUUUUUUAUUCUGAACGAAGGAAUAAAUGCAAGGUGUCUCUGAAUUGCUGGUAUUAUUCGAAGAAAGAUUCUUUUAUAUUUCUUUUGAUUCUUCAUGAAGAUUUAAGGUGUAAAGAAAGAGAUCUGAUGUGACGUCGUUGAACAAUCUGGUGGGCCGUGUAAAGGGGCAAAAUGAGGGGUGGCAGUGGUGACGUCCCUCCCAUGGUCACCGUCCCCGCCUCCGCGUCUCUUAACAUCAUGAUGGGCGACGACAGCCUGAGCGACGACGUGUUCGAGGUGGAAGACGAUGUCUCCAUGGCGGCUUCCAGCGGUUUAACGCCGAGGUCUAUGGGCCAACCUUUGACCAUGACCCCUUCGCCGACCGGAUAUCGAGACUACAAGCCCCCAGCGGAAGUAUUAGACGAUAACUAUGGCUACUCGUCCAGAGACUACGAUAGUAUGAGGAGUAGCCUGAAAAGGACCAAAGAAGAAGAUUCCGGAAUGGCGCACAAGACAAUCCUCCUGGGCGAUAGCGGUGUUGGUAAGACAUCUCUGCUGGUCCAGUUCGAUACCGGAAGAUUUCAACCGGGAAACUUCGCAGCAACUGUCGGCAUCGGCUUCACGGUGAUGCUACUUGGUGACAGUGGCGUCGGGAAAACCUGCCUCCUAACACGAUUUAGAGAUGGCAGAUUCCUGUCUGGAAACUAUAUAACCACCGUGGGCAUUGAUUUUAGGAAUAAAGUAGUCGUCGUCGACGAUACAUCUAUCAAGCUUCAAAUAUGGGACACGGCCGGGCAAGAAAGAUUUCGAAGCGUGACGCAUGCUUAUUACAGAGACGCUCAUGCUCUUUUAUUGCUGUACGAUGUGACGAACAAGACGAGUUACGACAACAUCAGAGCCUGGCUGAGCGAAAUCCGGGAACACGCGAACGAGGACGUGGUCAUUAUGCUGUUGGGCAACAAGUCUGACUGUGGAACGGAACGAGUAGUGAAGAGGGAAGACGGAGAACGAUUGGCGCAAGAGUACAAAGUUCCCUUUAUGGAAACCUCAGCUAAAACUGGCCUGAACGUCGAAUUGGCCUUCUUGGCCGUUGCUAGAGACUUGAAGGCGAGGAAAAGCAACGACCCGGACGACACGAAAUUCAACGUACAAGACUACGUCCGUCAGCAGUCGCAACGAAAUUCCUGCUUCAAUUCCAAUUGCCUGACUACCUGAAUUGCGCAGUAAUCCUGCGCACAUACUUCCCUGCGAUAGAUUCAGACGAAUGGUGGAACAUGGACCGGAACUGGUUGGCCAUAAAAAUGGCGCGAAACUAUCGUGGGCGUUCAACAAUUCGUCCCUUAUGAUUCAUAACAGAUAAUCGUUGACAUGUUACCUCGUUGCAGAUGUCAUUCGUAAAACGAGACGAAUUUUCGUAACAUUGCACAAUUCGUUCACGAGAGCUUGUUGUUCGAACGAAUUGACUCUCAAACGAGAUCGAACAAAUUUGAAAGAAAUCGAAAGAAAACGCACUAAUGAGAUCGAAAAUAUAAUUUUUUAUUUUUACUGAAAAGAGAUUUCAAAAAACGUCGAAACAACGUUUCUGUUCCACCAGAAGAGUACCUUUAUCGAGGCAUAAACGAAAAAAAUGUAGAUGGAUAGAAAGCUGAUAUUUUUCAAAGAGACCGAAUAGGAAACUCUUGUUGACGAUACAUGUAUAGAAAUUUAUUUAUCGGUGGUUAAUCCUAUACUGUACAUUAAUGUGAAUAGCUGAUUCGGGACAAAGGUCCGCAAGAUACAUAGAUUUAGGGAAUCUCUUAAUGGUUCUAAUUUGUGCACUGUAUAUGAUCGUUACGGUAUUAAUAAAAGGAGGGGGAAGAAAGAGAAAAAUAUAUUUAAAAUGAAAUUGUAUUCAAAACGUGCUAUCGAUAAAUUAACGACAUGUUCACGUGGAAGCUCACCAUGUACCAAGUAGAUUUGCGGUUUUAGAGUGGCCGCCGUGUAGAAGAGCUUUUCGAAAAUAUACCAUAGCUGCCAUAUAUACAACACGUUUUAGAAAAGAACGCUCAAUAAUAUUUUGUUCGAAAGCAUAUUCUCGUAGUUUUCAGGUACGAGUGAUUGAAGCUUUUCAAUCGAUGCUACAUGUGUAUGUAGAGACACAUUCAUAAGUCUUUUAAUCUUUAUAAUCAUUUAGAUUGAUGAAACUCUUUAGAAAGUUUUGUAUAAUUGUAUUUUGUUUUCAAACUUUAUUCUGUAUCGAUUCGUUUUGCAAUUAAAUAAAGCUCGUGUGUGUAUAA